UGAUGUUGCCCCCCCCCCAUAAGCUUGCGGCUAACUCUAUCACGACAACCAUCCUCCACUUUAACGGGCUACCGGUAGAUCACCAAUGCCUACUGCCCGCCGUGGGUUUGAGCUGCUACACACGUGCCGCGGUUGCGUCACUACCGGUAUAUGAUCCGCACAUAUUACUUCUUUCCGAGUGAUGUGCUGUGCGGGGGUCGGGUCGAGGGGGGCAUUAUGGGGGAAUUAUGAUACCGUGCUGUAUAGAUGUAAUUGGACAAAGAGUGGAAUGAAGGGUAUUCGAAGGAUACCCUUAAAGUUUACCGGAGGGAGGGGGGAGGGUGUCCAAUAGUGGCGCGUGGAUACAGUAAUGGCUAUCUUGCUAUUGCUUAUAUCAUGAUACACGCUUUCUGCCAGUUUGUGGUUUGGCGGCGGCGGUGGUGUUGUGGUGUAAUAUUCGUAUCAUGCCAGUAUUGAUUGGAUCAUGUCUUUUGCGAUGGGUUUAGGUCUAGGUUAGAGCCUAGCUGCCAUGUUUAUCGCUUAUAGUGUCAUGGUGAGGGUUCUUUUCAUCAGAAUCAGAUUGCCCCGAGUUUCACUUCAGGGUCUGCGGGGAUGAAUAAAGUUUCUCACAGCAGUCUGCUUUAUCGCUUCCCCCGUCAAUUAUUGCUUGGGUGAUGACGACGAGGUGAUUGGGUCCCCCCUAGCUGUCUGGGGUUUCUUAAGGCACGAGUCUUGAAUAAUUAAUCCGAUUUCAAGAUGUUCCCCCUCCAUGGGAAAAAAAGAAAAAAAAAAAAGGAAAAGAAUAAUUGCUCGCCGCUGUUAGGGCUCACCCCGAACCCGAAACCCUCGGCUUAGCAACCAAACAAGUCCCGUUUUUCCCCUAAUAUGAUAGGGUAUGAUAUGAUAUGAUACGAAACCGGAUUCAGCCCCAACCCUAGCAGAGCCUGCACAAGCUUCCAUCAUGCUCCUGUCAAAGCCGCACAAACAAACAAACGCCAGUUAAAAAAAAGAGGGUGAGUCUUUUUUUUGUUUUUUACCGGUAAUGAUCACCACAACAGCAAAACAUCGUCCACCGAGUGGACGCGUUCGCCCAUUAUCACCGCCAACACACCUCCGACAUCAGCACCACCACCCAAUGAGGCUCCCGUCCUGUGAAAUUCUUCGAUUGCCGAAAUGUCCUCCUUGCCGUCGGGGUAUGCACGCUCUUCCACCCCUGCGUAGUAGCAGUGGUGGGUGUGGCACCACUAGCAGCACCGGCAGCACCAGUGCGAACAGACAGAUCGCGAAGAUGGAGAAACUGGAGGAUCUGGUGUUUGCUCAGGCGGCCUACAUUUCCUCCACGGCUAGGAGCUCGGAGACGGAGGCAUUGAACGAGAGGGUGGAAAAGUUGGAGGAGAUGCUGGCCGCCCAGGCCGCCGAGCUCAAGGCGGUCAAGGGAAAGAGUGCUGGGGUGGAUGCAAUCGAGAGGAGGGUCAGGGAAAUGGAGAACAAGAUUCAAUCUCAAAGUGGGCAGAUCGGGAAGGGGGCUAAUCGAGUUGGUGAUGUGGAGACGAAGGUCAAUGCUGCUGAGCACAGGCUAAACGGCUUCGUUUCGAAGCUUGGUAAUGUCGAGAAGACAAUUCCGAACCUGGUCACGACAAAGGUGGCAGAUAUGUACAUGUCUACGACGAAGCAAGAUAUUGCGACAUUGUUCAACCGAAUUGAGGCUCUGGAGGCGCUAGGAUCCCAGGGCGGAGGAGAUGGAAUGGCGGGGACGGAUAAUCCAAUUGUUCUCACCCCGGCUGCCAAAUCCGGAAAACCAUCACCACUGGAUAUCCGCCUCGAAAAACUUUUCAUGGAUCUCAAACACCACCCCCGCCGCUUUGUGCCACCUUCACCGCAGAGCACGCCACUCAGCGAAUUCUCCUUCGCAUCGAAUUCCGCCCCGGUGCCCUCCCAACGACUGAUUCGCAAUGGAGACCCCAAGCAAGUACUCCUCUUCAUAGACGGGUCCUGCAUAUCGUCUGGAAAGUUAGAUUCACGCCCUGGCUACGGUGUAUACUUCCGUCGGGAGGACAACGUCUACGGCAGGCUGGAAGAGUACGAUGGGGACGACAGCGCGUCGGGAGUGGCAGAAAUCUGGGCCGCCGUCAUUGCGCUUCAAUUGAGGCCGUGGCGUGAGGAAGGGUUUGACAAAGUUGUUCUGGCCUGCGAUGCAGAAUACGUGGUCAUGGGCGUGUGCGAACUAGCCGAGAAGUGGGCGGCGAAGGGCUGGAAAGCCGGGGGAAAGCCGAUUUCCGGAAAGGAUGCCUGGGAGAAGCUGCUAUUUGAAUUGGCUGUGCAGGAGGCUAGGGGGGUUCGUGUGCAAUUUUGGUUGAUCCCUAGGAAGCUCAAUUUGGCGGAUCCGGUGGCUAGGAAGGGUGCCGGAUUUGAUAUGGCGGAGAUUAGAUCUCGGAAUGAGCUGCUCCUACGGGCACCGCAUCCCCCGCCCCCGCCGGAACGAGAGCAAGCGGUACUCGAUCAUCAAGAGGAACGAACGGCUCCGCCGGAGGAAUCUGAGCCCCGAGAAAUACAGCCGGUGGAUGCACCAGCGGAGAAGCCCCCGGGGCUCUUCGGAUCCCUUUUUGGUUUCCUGAGACGUAAGCCACUAACCACCGGCCCAUCAUCAAAAGAAACACCAAUAAAUUCGAAUCUGACGCCCGGACCGAAAGCAACCAGAAAAUCAUCACAAAAAGAAGAAAAGGACAAAACCAAAGAAAAAAAAGAUAAAAUCGCAACUCUUUCUUUAAUUCCACUACACCCUCCACCCUCGCACCCAGGUGAUUGGCCAGGGGGCACCGGUCCCAACCAACCCGAACACGUCCGGGGCCUCAAUUCGCAAGUAACUCAGAUAUCCCUCUCGGACCCGAACAUCCCUAUCGAGCAGCGACGGCUAGCAUACCACCGAUCCCUCCUUUUAAACCCCAAUCUCGAUCUAGAAACAUUACAGCCGCAUGAGAUCACCAACAUCGACUUCGCCACUCUCCGCAAGGACUACCACAUUAGCCGGCUAAUAAGAGCCACCCUCGAGGAUCCGUUCAUAAAGAAGGGGCACAAAAGCAUAAAAGCCGAUGCGGAGUCCAUUACCAGCCUAUCCCGGAGGCUGAUAAAUGCUAGUCCUGAAUCCGCCGCCGUCAUCAGAGCGAAUAAGAAGAAGAUUAAAGCUGCAGCCGCCCUGUCAGUAGCUAAUAUUUUGAGAGCGAAAGCACUGGAUGCUUCGUGCCGUGGUGAGACUUAUGCCUUGAAGGAGAGAUUGACUAGCUUGUCGAGUUCAACUACGAAGAUGGUUUUCCACAGGAUGGUUUGGGAAUCCACGGUUCCCAAGAUCGAAGAAGCGGUUGGGGCAUUGACCGCUGAUGUGCGAGGGACGGCUGGCAUGAUAACCGUGCUUGACCAGAUGAUCCAUGAGCGCGAGGCAUGGGAGAAGAAGGCUGAUGAGAAGGAGACGAAUGGGAAUGGUAAAUAGGUUAGGCUAUGAUCGGAUUUGACUAUUUGUGGCCUUUUUAUAUGUAUAUUGCGUGAGGUAGUGGUGGCCAUGUUAGUGGGUGCGUUUUCUCCCUCUGCCUUAUUUUUGUUGUCGUUGUUGGUAUAUAUCAUUGUACAAUAUGCGAGCCUGUAGAUAGACAGACACCUGGGAUUGUAUAGACUUUUGACAGUAUCUCUACUCUUGUCGUAGCGUUACAAUAACUUGUUUAGCGUAG